CGGUGGCGGCGGCGGCGAGGAGCUGUGCAUUCCACCUCUCCAGCCCCGGCAGGACGGGGGCGGCCGCCGCGGGCCCGGGGCGGGGACAGCACGCACCCUCGCAGCGCACACCCCCGCCCGGCAGCGGCCCCGACACCCGGGGCGAGCGGGAAACCGGCGGCGGCGGCGGCGGCGGCGGGGGAAGGAUGCAGGGGAAGAAGCCGGGCGGCUCGUCGGGCGGCGGCCGGAGCGGCGAGCUGAAGGGGGACGAGGCGCAGAGGAACAAGAAGAAGAAAAAGAAGGUGUCCUGCUUCUCUAACAUCAAGAUCUUCCUGGUGUCCGAGUGCGCCCUGAUGCUGGCGCAGGGCACGGUGGGCGCCUACCUGGUGAGCGUCCUGACCACCCUGGAGCGGAGGUUCAACCUGCAGAGCGCCGACGUGGGCGUGAUCGCCAGCAGCUUCGAGAUCGGGAACCUGGCGCUCAUCCUCUUCGUGAGCUACUUCGGGGCGCGCGGGCAUAGGCCGCGCCUCAUCGGCUGCGGCGGCAUCGUCAUGGCCCUGGGCGCGCUGCUGUCGGCGCUGCCCGAGUUCCUGACCCACCAGUACAAGUACGAGGCGGGCGAGAUCCGCUGGGGCGCCGAGGGCCGCGACGUCUGCGCCGCCAACGGCUCCGGCGGCGACCAGGGCCCCGACCCGGACCUCAUCUGCCGCAGCCGGACCGCCACCAACAUGAUGUACUUGCUGCUCAUUGGGGCCCAGGUGCUCCUGGGCAUCGGUGCUACCCCCGUGCAGCCCCUGGGCGUUUCCUACAUCGACGACCACGUGCGGAGGAAGGACUCCUCACUGUACAUAGGAAUCCUUUUCACGAUGCUGGUAUUUGGACCAGCCUGUGGAUUUAUCCUAGGCUCUUUCUGUACCAAAAUCUACGUGGAUGCAGUCUUCAUUGACACAAGUAACCUGGACAUCACUCCGGACGACCCCCGCUGGAUCGGAGCCUGGUGGGGCGGCUUUCUGCUCUGCGGUGCCUUACUCUUCUUCUCUUCCCUUUUGAUGUUCGGGUUUCCACAGUCUCUGCCCCCACACUCAGACCCUGCCAUGGAGAGCGAGCAGGCCAUGCUCCCCGAAAGAGAAUAUGAGAGACCCAAGCCCAGCAACGGGGUCCUGAGGCACCCCCUGGAGCCGGACAGCAGCGCCUCCUGCUUCCAGCAGCUGAAAGUGAUCCCGAAGGUCACCAAGCACCUGCUCUCGAACCCUGUGUUCACCUGCAUCAUCCUGGCCGCCUGCAUGGAGAUUGCAGUGGUGGCUGGCUUCGCUGCCUUCUUGGGGAAGUACCUGGAGCAGCAGUUUAACCUUACCACCUCUUCUGCCAACCAGCUGCUCGGGAUGACUGCAAUCCCAUGUGCCUGCCUGGGGAUCUUCUUGGGCGGUCUCCUGGUGAAGAAGCUCAGUCUUUCUGCCCUCGGGGCCAUUCGGAUGGCCAUGCUCGUCAACCUGGUGUCCACAGCUUGCUACGUCUCCUUCCUCUUCCUGGGCUGUGACACGGGCCCUGUGGCUGGGGUUACUGUUCCCUAUGGAAACACCUCAGCACCUGGCUCGGCCCUGGACCCCUACUCGCCCUGCAAUAAAAACUGUGAAUGCCAGACCGAUUCCUUCACUCCAGUGUGUGGGGCAGAUGGCAUUACGUACCUGUCUGCCUGCUUUGCUGGCUGCAACAGCACGAAUCUCACCGGCUGUGCGUGCCUCACGACCGUCCCGCCCGAGAACACGACUGUGGUUCCCGGAAAAUGCCCCAGUCCCGGGUGCCAAGAGGCCUUCCUUACCUUCCUGUGUGUGAUGUGUGUCUGCAGCAUGAUCGGGGCAAUGGCGCAGACACCCUCGGUCAUCAUCCUUAUCAGGACAGUGAGCCCUGAACUCAAGUCUUACGCCCUGGGAGUCCUGUUCCUCCUCCUCCGUUUGUUGGGCUUCAUCCCCCCUCCCCUCAUCUUCGGGGCCGGCAUCGACUCCACCUGCCUGUUCUGGAGCACCUUCUGCGGGGAGCAAGGCGCCUGCGUCCUGUAUGACAACGUGGCCUACAGAUACCUGUACGUCAGCAUCGCCAUCGUGCUGAAGUCGUCCGCCUUUGUCCUCUAUACAACCACGUGGCAGUGCCUGAGGAAAAACUAUAAACGCUACAUCAAAAACCACGAAGGCGGGCUGAGCACCAGCACAGAGUACCAAGACAUUGAGACUGAGAAAACCUGCCCCGAGUCACACUCACCUUCAGAAGACUCCUUUGUGAGAAGCUGAGGGCCUGGCCCUCAUCCUCCUCCUCCAGAGAACAGCCCGCCUCUAUCCACAGACCUCGCAGGCCUGACUUAGCGUGCUCUGCCCUGCCCAAGAACCCAAGGGUUCCUGUGUGGAUUAUCCGGCCAGUGUGUGGUCCUUUGAGGCCCCAAGCACAGGCCUGUGAUGAGGACUGAGGAGGUGUCUGUGGUCAGGAGUCCUCCAAACCCUUGCAGUAGGCAAUUUUCCCGGGUUGCUAAAGAGUAACGUUGACCAGGUGUGCAAAUUCCCUUUGGCCUAUCCCUCCCUUGGCUCCUGUGGGGAUGUCCUGCUGACACGCUUUAGAAAACCCCUCUCCAGAAUGCUUCUCUGACGGAGGGCUCCAGCAGCUCUUCCAAAAGCAGCCGAGGCUGGAUUACAAUGGAGUGGGGGUGUGGGGAUGGUAAAAAUGACCCUGUUUCACAGAAGGGACGGGAAAAAAAGCACAUACUCAAUAGAUUUUGAGUGUGGUAUUCUGUAUUUUUGCAGCUUAUAUUUUCCAGAUGAGCAGUUUAGAAAUAUGUGAUGUAAAGUACAUACUGUACAUUUGCUGAAAAUUAUAUUAAAAGCACUAUUUUAAUUCUU